AUGAGCGAGUUCAACAUCAGUGAGGCCCUCACUGCCUACCUGGACGACCCUCAGGCGAUCGCGACACCCGAUGCCGACCAAGCCCUCGUCGAAUGCGAAAACGAUCCCGAUGCCUUCUCUCCAGGACUGAUCAACAGUGUGCUCAACGGAGUGGUGGAGGCCAUCGGAGAGAAUCCAGAGGCCAUACUGCAAUCGAGUCACCUUGACUCUAUACAAUUUCUGCUCAAGCAGACGUCGUAUAUCCCAUCGCAAUCGCUUGGCAAACUUUUCGAAUUGAUCAUCAGUGGACUCGGAGCCGAGGCGGAGAUUGUGCAUCAUGAAGAGCAGGACGGCGAGACGGAGACUGGGUCGCAUAAGCAAAUUCUGGAGAUCUUUGCAUUCUUGAUGCAAUGGUGUAUCGCUGCGGUUGAAGCGAAGUCGGCCGAGAAGCCCUCUGCGCCUGCUCGGGGUAAGGGCGGGAAAAGUGCAAAGGGGAAGGCAGCUCAAAAAGAUGGCAACUGGGAGCCGUCGGCACAGCUGCAGCAUGCGAUGGACACGAUGGCGAAGGUGAUGAAGUUGAAGCUCUCCAAGAUCUUCGUGACGACAAGCGAACGGGACACCUUCAUCGGACUCUUCACUCGGCCGACAUAUCUAAUCCUCGAAAGCGAAACGAGGAUGAAGAGCAUGACCAUCCGCAUGCAUGCUUUCAAAGUGCUUUGCGUAGCGAUCAAGCAUCAUGGACACGCUUACGGUGCCCAGACUAGCAUCAUCCAAAACCUCACAUACUUUGAGCAUUUGGCUGAGCCCAUGGCCGAGUUUUUGAACAUUCUGGCCGAGCAAUACGACUAUCCGCAACUCGCCGAGGAGGUGAUGAAAGAGUUGUCCAACAAGGAGUUCAGCGAGAACGACACGAAAGGGCCGAAAUCUGUCUCUACUUUUGUGGCACGGCUAUCAGAGCUUGCUCCGCGAGUGGUGCAGCGUCAGGUGACCUACUUGGCCAAACUUCUUGAGAGCGAGAACUACACCCUUCGUUGUGCGAUCAUUGAAGUAUGUGGCAACCUCAUUGCCAUGCUUUCCAAAGUCGAGGAGGGAGAGCGAAGGGAAGAGCACAAGGGCCAGAUCAACGCAUUUUUCGAUGUGCUGGAGGAGCGAUUUCUGGAUACGAGCCCAUAUUCUCGCAGCCGAGCCAUUCAGGUUUACAUCAAACUCUGCGAUCUGGACACAAAAUAUCCGAAGCGAAGGCAACGAGCAGCUGAGCUUGCCACGCAGAGUUUGGAGGACAAGUCAUCCAAUGUACGACGAAAUGCCAUAAAGCUGCUUGGAAAGCUCAUCGGUACACAUCCUUUUGCGGUUCUCCAUGGUGGCCAGUUGAGCUAUCGUGAGUGGAAUGAGCGUUUGGAAGCUUGUGAGAAUGAGCUAAGCAACCUCAAGCCACCGGCCGGCACUCCUGGCUUGGGCGAGCGAGUGGAGAACGAGCAGACAGUCGACGAGAGUCUGUUGGACGAGGCAACGCAAGUCGAAGGUGCUCAACAACCGCCACAGACUGAGGCUGAACUGACGGCCGCGAUGCAAAAGGCGCAAGAACAAGCAGCGACGGCGGAAGCCAUGAACAAACUUCAGCUCACCCGACGGUACUAUGUGGAGGCUCUGAGGUUCAUCGAGACUCUGCACGAGGCGUCACCCCAUGUCACGCAGCUCCUCUCUUCCAAGAACAAGACUGAAGUCAUCGAGGCCAUGGACUUCUUCGUGACUGCUGACGCCUACCAUUUGGAGACUGCGAAGUCUGGAAUCCGGCGUAUGCUGCGUCUAAUUUGGACCAAGGGCAACAGCGAUGAGGGCAAGGGCGUCCAGACUCAUCUCAUCGAAUGCUACAAGGGACUUUUCUUCGCCGCACCUGGCAACUUCAGCCCGAAUGAAGCCGCCAACUACGUCGCUCGGAACAUGAUCAGCUUGACAUUCGGCUCAACACCAGCCGAACUGACGAGUCUGGAACAAUUGCUUGCGACCAUGAUGAAGGAAAAGGCAAUCAACGAGCUUGUCAUCCAGAAGCUGUGGCAGGUGUAUGGUGUCCAGAAGCGGGAGAUCUCAAGAUCUCAACGCCGAGGAGCCAUCAUUGUGCUCGGCAUGCUGGCCGUUGCGGAUACUGAUAUUGUUGUCAAGGAGAUGGAAACCUGCUUGCGGAUCGGACUUGGAGCGAUCGGCAAGAGGGAUCUCGUACUUGCUCGAUAUACUUGCGUCGCCCUGAUGCGAAUGACAAACAACAAGCAUGCCAAGGGUGCUGAGAGCAAACCGAAUACACGACUGCCAAACGACCAUGCCGUCUUGAUUCGACUCGCUAGUCUACUAGAGAUCGAGACGGACAGCAAGGACUGGUACGGGUUGGCAGAGCAGGCCAUCGGCGCCAUCUACUCGCUGUCGAAGCAUCCCGAUGUCUUGUGCUCAGACGUGAUCCGGCGAAAAACUAAAGCAGUCUUCGCACGCAACGAUAUGCCAGAAAAUGCGCCGGCCGAGGCUGACGCAGAAUCACAACCGGAAGAAUCCGCACCAGAGGACAGCACCGACUCCGCUCUUGCGCUAUCGCAGCUUCUCUUCGCGGUGGGCCAUGUUGCUCUCAAGCAAAUAGUUCAUCUCGAGCUGUGCGAGCAAGACUUCAAGCGGAGGAAAGCCGACAAGGAGAAGACAAAUCCCACGCCAGCCAAGGGAUCUGGACCCAGAACUUCUGCUGGAAAGAAGGCUGCCGACAAGAAGGAGGAAGAAGAGCAAGAUGAGCUAGAUCUCAUCGCCGGAACCACAGAAGACGACUUCACAGAUGCUAUCCAGCAUGUGCGCGAGCGUGAACUGCUGUAUGGCCAACAAUCUCUCCUCACACACUUUGGCCCCCUGGUCCAGGAGAUCUGCAGCAACAACACAUCAUAUCCCAACGCAGAGCUGCAAGCACAAGCAGCGCUCUGCAUGGCCAAGCUCAUGUGCGUCAGCAGCGAGUACUGUGAAACAAACCUCGACCUCUUCAUUACCAUGCUCGAACGCUCGCCUUCAUCUAUCACUCGCAGCAACCUCGUCGUCGCGCUCGGAGAUAUGGCAGUCUGCUUCAACCAUCUCAUCGACGAGAACACCGACUUCCUCUACCGCCGACUGUCUGAUCACAGCCUUCAAGUCAAGCGGACGUGUCUCAUGACGUUGACAUUCCUCAUCUUGGCUGGACAGGUCAAGGUCAAGGGCCAGCUGGGUGACAUGGCGAAGUGUGUGGAGGAUGCCGACGAGAGAAUCCGCGAGAUGAGUCGCAUGUUCUUCGCGGAACUUGCGGGCAAGGACAAUGCGGUGUACAACAACUUCGUGGACAUGUUCAGUCUGCUUUCGGCGGAUGAGGAUCUGGACGAGGAGCGAUUCAAGAAGGUCAUCAAGUUCUUGGCGAGCUUUAUCGAAAAGGACAAGCAUGCCAAACAGCUGGCCGGCAAACUUGCGCCGCGUCUUCAGCGAGCGGAGACUGAGAGGCAGUGGAAUGAUGUCGCAUUCGCGCUCAACCUGCUGCCGCAUAAGAACGAGGAUAUCACGAAGCUUGUCAAUGAAGGCUGUAAGGUCGUGGAGACCGGGGCUUGA